GAGUUGGCGCGAUUCCUCGAUUGGUCAGAAUCGGAUUCCUGAAUUACGAUUCUCGUACAUGGGAGAAUCGCGAUUCUCUAGUCUCGAUUCUUUCACAAAGCGAAUCCGGUUCUGAAUGCGAUUCUUUAGCAGUUCUCGAUUCCCUCCGAUUCCGAUUCCCAAAUACUAAUUUUUUUCAACUUCGGGACUUGACAAAUGAAUUUGAAAUGAAAUUAGUAAUUUCCCCAACUAGGUAUAUGAUCAUUUUGCAUGUUCUAUUCUUUCAUUUAUUGCUGUAAGCACGGAAUCGCAGGGAAUCGCGAAGGCGCGAUUCUCCAUUAAAGAGGAUCCGAUUCUUUCAUUACGCGAUUCUUUCACUGCAUAGAAUCACUGAUUCGCAAUAUUUUCACACAACAGCCAACCUUUAAAAAAAUGUCAUCAGUCCCGAACUACGAAAUGCAAAUGCAUCAGUAAAAUCCAUUAAAAACAGUACAUUUUACUGUUUUAACACCUGCAAGGAAUCGCAGGGAAUCGAGAAGGUGCGAUUCUCUAUAAAAGGGAAUCGGAUUCCUGCAUUUCCCGAUUCUUUUGACUUGGGGAACCGCGAUUCGAAUCCGAUUCGAAUCGUGAGAAUCGGAUUCUUUCUCGAUUCUUUCACGCGAUUCGAAUCGCGCCAACUCUGCCAAAAAGUAACAAAUGGACUAAAAAUUUGCGAAAUACUUACGAUAAUAUUGAAUCGAAUUUACAUGCUUUAGAAGGUGUAGGUGAAAAUAUUCAAAACAACACCAUACUGUACUCGAUGAUUAUGAAGAAGUUUCCAUUUGAUAUAAUUAUGAAAGCCGAUUUGGAUGUUGCAAGUAACGAUUUAUCCGAAUUGAGGCAGAAAGUUGGCGAAUUGAUAUGGAAACAAGAGCAAUAUUGUGGUACGAAUUGGAGUGAGUCAUCCGAUAAUAAUCCUAAUAAAAAAGAUUUUUUCAAAGGUACUACAGAGAGCUUGAUAACUGGUGAUAGAAAACCGAGUAAAAAAUGUAUCUAUUGCGUUGAAACGUCACAUUAUUCCGAUGAAUGCAGCAAAAUAACGACAUUGGAAGACCGAAGAAAGAAAUUGAAUGGUCGUUGCAUCAUUUGUUUGAAUCCUGGUCAUCUCGCUAAAGACUGUACGGUAAACAAACCAUGUGUACAUUGUAAGAAACGUCGUAGUCAUCAUCGUAGUUUAUGUAUUAAAUUAUUUUCAAAAGAAGUUAGUAAUCCUGAACCAACUGAAUCUUUACUAAUGAAAGAUCAAGAAGGUAACCUGUUAGCAGCCACAGUCAACGUUGGUAAUGAAAGUCGUGUUCAGAAAGUUACCUCAAUUCUGGAUAGCGGUUCAAGAAGAUCGUACAUUACUACGAGGUUGGCCGAUAAAUUAAAAUUGAAGCCUCUUCAUUAUGAAACGAUUAGAAUUUCUACGAUUUGUUCCGAAGCUCCUCGAGAAAUUUCAACCAAGGUCGUUAGUUUAGAUAUUUUUACAAAUGAUGGUGAAAAAAUAAAAAUCACUGCAAAUACGAUACCUAAAAUUAUUAAUCGAAUAAAUCACCACGAUAUUAAGUUAGAUUCCAGAUUCAAGAAAUUCAAGCUCGCUGAAGUUGAUAAAAAUCUUGUACCUGAACUCCUGAUUGGAAAUGACUACAUGUUCGAUUUUAUGGUCAUGGAAAAAGUAAUUAUUGAUGAUUCAACUUCGUUAAUCAAUUCGAAAUUUGGAUGGCUGGUUGUUGGUCGAAUCGAUAAAAACCACGAAACUCCAGUUUUCUUCUCCGAGAUUGAAAUGGUAGAAAACCUAUGGAAAUUAGAUGCGAUUGGGAUAGAUGAUUCAACCUCAGUGGAGGAUAUUGGCGAUGAACUUGCGGUAAAAAGUUUUUAUGAUAAUAUAGAAUUGAUAGAUAAUCGUUAUGAAGUAGCUUGGCCCUGGAAAGAGUACCCUCCUGAUUUAAAAUCGAACAAAGGGCUCGCCUACGGUCGUUUGAAAUCUCAGAUGAGAAAAUUCGAAAAGAACAAAGAAUUAUUCGACGAAUAUGACAAAGUGAUCAAAUACCAAGAGUCUCAAGGUAUUAUCGAACGAGUCAACGAAUCUAUCAACGAUAAAGAAGAUUUAGUUCAUUAUCUUCCGCAUCACGAAGUUCUGACACCAGGUAAAAGUACCAGUUUACGAGUUGUUUAUGACGGUUCUGCAAAAUCUCGAAAAAUUGAUAAAAGCUUAAACGAUUGUAUUUUUCGUGGUCGUGUUCUUUUGGAAACGUUAUGUGGUUUGAUUUUGCGCUUAAUGUUGAGAUGUUUUGUAUUAACUUCUGAUAUUGAAAAAGCAUUUUUGCAAAUCGGUUUGAAAUUACGUGAUCGCGAUUUUGUUAGAUUUAUUUGGAUAAAAGAUUUUAAUAAACCGCUAAACUUCGAUAAUUUGAUUAUAUUUCGCUUUACUAAAAUUCCGUUCGGUGUUAUUGCUAGUCCGUUUUUGUUAACUUUAACAAUAAUUUUUCAUUUAAAUCAAUAUGAUUCGAAGUUCGUUCCGCUAUUACUAAGAAGUUUUUAUGUGGAUAAUCUUAUCUUGAGUGUCGAUUCGGUAGAUGAAGCUAUUGAUCUUUAUAAUUUUUCAAAAUCUUGUUUUAAUGAUGCUUCGAUGAAUUUACGUAAUUGGGUUACGAAUUGUAAUGAACUUAAAAAUGUUUUAAAACCAGAAGAUCGUUUAGAUGUAUCUGAAAUUAGUAUUUUAGGGUUAAAAUGGAAUGUUAAAAAUGAUACUUUUGUGAUUAAUCAUAAACUCACUAAUUCGACUAUUAUUAUUACAAAACGUGAAGUUGUAAAAAAGGUAUCCUCGAUUUUUGAUCCGUUAGGUUUUUUGUGUCCUGUUGUUUUACCAGCUAAAUUAUUUAUUCGAUAUUUAUGGGGCAAAAACUUAGAUUGGGAUGAUGUUUUAGAUGAGAAAGAUCAAAAGUCGUGGAAAGAAUUAUUAGAUAACUUGAAAUGUAUUUCGAAUGUAGAAAUAGAUCGGUACGUAUUUCGUGGCACUAAUGCUUGUAAUGAUUUUGAUUUACAUUGUUUCGUUGACGCGUCUCAAAAAGCUUAUGCUGCAACUGUUUACGUUAAGAAAAAUAAUUUAACUCGUCUCGUUUUUGCUAAAUCUCGUCUCGCUCCUCGCAAUAAUUUAACUAUUCCAAAGUUAGAAUUGUUAGCUAUAUAUAUCGGUAGUCAAAUCGUGAAUUUCGUUAAGAAUGAAUUUUCUGAUGUUAAUAUCAAAAAUAUUUAUGUAUGGUCCGAUUCCAAAUGUGUAUUAUCAUGGUUAUGUUCGAAAAAAGUUUUGCCCAAAUUUGUAGAAAGAAUUGUGAAGAAAAUUGAUAAAUCGUUCAAUUGUCGCUACGUUCCAUCUGCUGAAAAUCCUGCUGAUAUAGCCAGUCGCGGUGCAGAAGUGCAAGAUUUGAAUUCGUUCUGGUGGGAAGGCCCCACAUGGUUGAAAGAGAUGGAAGUUGCUUGGCCAAAGGCAAUGAAUUUACAAUUUGAAUCCGAACCUGAACCUGAACCAGAACCAGUACUUAUCUCCAAUAAUACAGCUGUAAUUCAGCCUCCUUUUAAAAUCGAUUGUACUCAAUUUAAAACCCUCAACUAUCUACUUGAUGCAACGUUAAGCUACAUGAAAAAUGUCAAUCCGAAUAAUAUUGUUCAGAAAACCGAAGAAGCUUUCAACCAGUGGAUUAUGUAUAUCCAAAACAAAAAUUAUCCUGAUAUUUCGCAACCUAAUCCGCUUGGUUUAAAACGUGAUUCUCAAAAUAUUAUACGUUGUCAUGGACGCCUGGUUGAAUCAUGUCUCAACGAUAAUGCAAAGUUUCCAAUACUUCUACCUGAGAAAGAAUACUUCACUCACUUAUUAAUUGAAAAAAUUCAUAUCGAUAACUAUCAUGUUGGCGUUUCGCAUACUCUCUCUGAAUUGAGAAAAAAUUUCUGGAUUCCAAAAGGCAGAUCGACGGUGUACUACGUUCUAAAAAAAUGUGCUAACUGCAAAUACUACGAUGGUGGUCCAUAUAAAUAUCCUGCAAUUCCUCCGUUACCUGAAUUUCGUGUAAAUCAAAGCAGUCCGUUUUCCUGUUGUGGUAUCGACACAUUUGGUCCUUUAUACGUCAGUGAUAACUCAGUCCAGAAAAAAGUAUUUGUUAGUAUUUUUGUUUGUAUGAUUACGCGUGCGAUUCACUUAGAACUUUUAGAGAAUAUGACCACUCAAGAAUUCCUACUCGCUUUUCGUAAUUUUAUAGCAUUACGCACAAUUCCAAAAUUCGUAAUAAGUGACAACGCGCCACAAUUUAAAAUAACCAAAUCAGCUUUUGAAAAUCUUUGGCAACAAAUAAUUUCUGAUAAUGAUGUAAUAGAUUUUUGUAAAAAUAAUUUGAUAGAAUGGAAACUGUUGCCUGAAUAUGCCCCGUGGCAUGGCGGUUUUUACGAAAGAUUAAUCGGUAUAGUGAAAAUGUCGCUAAAGAAAACAAUUUUUAAUUGUAUAAUAACAGAAAAUCAAUUGAGAACCGUGUUGUAUGAAGUAACUUCUGUUAUUAAUUCGCGUUCUAUUGUUUACGUAGGUGAAAAUGAUAGUAAUGUAUUAACACCUAAUGAUUUGAUGAAUACCAAAUUCGAUUUUAUUCCGGAUAGGCGGAUAUUGAUAAUGUUAAAAAUAUUAAACGUGAUGUAAUCGUAAAUUUAUGGAAAAGAUCUAACGAUAUUAUUAAUCAAUUUUGGAACGUUUGGAAAUUUCAAUAUUUAACUAGUCUUCGUGAACGUAAUAUUAGUAUAAAACAAAAGAAAAAUGUAGUAGACUUAGUUCCUAAAGUAGGAGAUAUCGUAUUAAUUGAAGGUGAUAAAAAAUUUUGUCCUAGAGGAGAGUGGAAAGUUGGUAAAGUAAUUAAUGUUAAUGUUAGCUCAGACAGUAAUGUUAGAUCAGCAAUCGUUGAAACUAAAAAUUCUAAACUUACCCGUCCCAUUAACAAAUUGUAUCCCUUGGAAACAUCGUAAUUUUUCUCGUUUAUACUUAUUAUUUUAAAUUUAAAAAUUCGUUUUUUUUUUUUUUUUCGGCGGGAGUGUCGCGGAUUCGCGGUUAUUAAUUAUAUUUGGCUAUGUUUUUGUUAUAUUUAAAGUUCGCGAUCUCGAUAAUAUUCGGCUGCUAGGUUUGUUAUCUUGAAGAUUCAAAAGUUUUUGUUAUUGUUUUUAUUCGAAAAUAAAUAGAGUAUGAAAAGGGUUCGUAUUGAAGCGAUUAAAUCAAUCGCCCUUAUUGUUGAAUUCCUUUUUCGUUAGGGGGUUGCAAUAGAUAUUUAUGCGGGCUCCCCGACUAUUCAUGCCAGACUAGAUCAAUAGCCUGGUUGACAUCUAAAAAGCAAGCAACGCAGUACUUUUCGUAUCUUCGAAAGCAGAUUCAAUGAUUUGAGUAAUACGAUGCAUUUGUUCAAUCGCAGCAUGCCUUUCUUGAAACAAAUGGAAUCCUCUACCCGACGACGUAGAAUGAAUGUCUUCAUUACUUUGGAGAGAACUGGAAGUAGGUAGUUCUACUAGUUUCCCUGGUUGAAGUACAGCUAUUAUAAUUUAAUUUUCGCCAUUUUCCACUGGUGAGGGAAAUAUCUUAGUCUCAGGAUUGCAUUAGGUAAGUAUGUCAGCAAAAGAAUACCCUUUCUUGGGAGUUCUUUGACUAAUCUUGGAGAAAUGUGUUCAUAUCCUGGAGCUUUUUGGCUGCUAAUAUUUUUGUCAAUGCCUGUGGCCAUCUCCUUAGGAGUUAUAUGCACUAUUUGACUUGGUUGAAUGAAUGCCAACAAAGGAGUUAUCAGACUGAAUGUCAUUUGGAGUGAAAAUUUGUGCUAGAUGAUUUGCAAAAACCUCAGCAAUAAUUUCAUCAUCACUUUUGGCCCAACCUCCUCUGUUGUCCUUGAUUGGAGGGAGUCGCGUUGCUGCUUGUUCAGUUCUCUUGGUAGCUUUCCAUAAAGAAGUAUAAGUUGUAGGUACUCGUACUCAUGUAUUGAAAUCGAAUCGAGUUGCCUGCAUGAUGGACGCGACAACUAAGAGUAUGUAUGUGUAUAGGUACUCAUAUUAUUGACUUACGAGUACGUAUACCUAUUUAGCGUAGGUACAGUCACAAUAUUCCAAGUGACAGCAACUGAUGAGUAAUGACAGAUGGCAGAUUGAGUCGAGUAUGUGUUUAUGCGUACCUAUUCACUGCAUAUGUUGUAGCUGUAUCUGUAGUCUACGCUAACUGUCAAAACAAAUCUAAAUGUGUUGAAAUUUGUGUACUAUGUACGAGUCGAGUACCAGGUACUACCUUAGCUAAAUGUAGUGAAAAAUUACGAUCGAAUUAUCGUGCUGUUAUCCGAGUGUGGUAUUGCUGUGUUCGUUCAGUACUCAAAAAUCAAAUCGACGACAGAUAUUCGACGUGCCUACCUAGACCUACCUACCUACAUUUUCCAUUCGAGUACAAAGGGGCAGAUUUGUAAACGAUUCUUACUUGAUCACAAUCAAGUAACCAGCCAAGUGAGAACAUUUUUUUAAAUUCAUAGGUUUGCAUUCAACAUACGAGUAAUAAUAAGUAUACGUGAGCUUAGUGAGAUACUCGACGUAAAAGGACUGAGAACCCAACUUGAAAGCAUCGUCUCACAGCUGGUACCAAUGAUGUUGGCGAUAGCCGUAAUCGUAGUUGUUUUGGGCACAGCGAUGACCGCCGAAAUCGAAGUAAACAGCGCUGUCGAAUUGUCAUCGUCGUCGACGUCAGCGCUAAAUUCAGCAACGGAAUCGUUGCUACAGCAAACGUCCGGUUUGAUGGGCGGUAUCGGUAUUGGAGAGCAGAUUCUAUCGAUUCAGCAACAAAUUCGCAACCAGCUGCAGGAUGGAUUGAGCAGAACGAUGUCGAUGUCGAUGUCGAUGAUGAACACUCAGCAAUACGAAUACCUGACAAAGGCGCUGAAUUCGGCAAUCUCAUCGUCCUUUUCGCCGCAACAACUGCAGCUCAUCAACGACGUGGUAUCGAUGACGGGCGCCAGCUACGCUUACGACGCCGCCCAAAGAGAGAUAGAUAUACAUCGAGAGUGUAUCGCCGCAGCAUAUCAGGAUCUAAAUAGCGCUGCGCAAAUCGCCAUCAGUGGCCAGGUCGAUGUCGACAACCUUGCCCAGCUCAAAAAUCGCGUUUUAUCCGCCGUCAAACACUUGCAGGAUUCUUGUCCGUUGUGCAGGGCUUUGAAAUCAGCGGCCAACGAUGCCAAUCAAAGUUUCUUACCGUUUACUACGGUCUUGUGUUCGUCAGUUUUAAGAAGUCUGCAUCCGUUUGUCGCAGAAUCGUCACCAUAAAGCGUAAACAUUCAUUAUUUAUCCUCUACCUAUUUAUGUAGGUACGUUUAAAUGUAUACCUAGAUCCUUUUACUCGUCGUAAGCAUAAUAUUAUGUACCUGUUGAUACACGAAAUAAACGUCUAAACACAAA